UUAAAGAGGUGGAAUUUGUUGGGUUUAUGGUAAUGAGUUCUGCAUUAAGAUUUUGAGCACAAUCUUCUUCCAUUAAUGGUGGCUCUCUGGCUCUGGCCAUGGCUGUGGCUCCCACACAAAUCUCAAAUCUCAAAUCUCAAACCUCUUUCUCUCACUCUCUUGUAGUCUACUCUCUCUCUUCACCACCUUCUCUUCCCACUCUCUCUCUAAAACCCAUACGAUGAACUGUUGAUUGAUACUCUGCUGUUCUUGCUCUCUCCUUCCAAUUUGGAUGCGAUCUUCAACCCUAGGCGUUUCUGUAUCGGUGAUGAGAUGCGCCGCUGUAAUGUCUAUGAUCUCUGCUUCUAAUUCUUACGUUUCCGCCAUGUUUACAUACUCCCCCUUCCGCCCUACCCUUCACAUUCUUCUCCUCUUCACUGCCAUUUCCCUCUGUUGUCUUGUUAUUCUCAGAGAAUUCAACUCCCUUCGCUACUUCUCUCUUUUCUCCUUAUCCGGUCCUCCUCCUGUUUCGCCUUUCCUCCCCUCCCUCGCUGAUGAAGACGACCUUUCUCCGGACGCUAAUGAUGAGUACGGGCUGGACAAGGUCUUACAGGAUGCUGCAACAGAAGACAAAACUGUUAUUUUAACUACUUUAAAUGAAGCAUGGGCAUCUCCAAAUUCAGUCAUUGAUCUCUUUCUACAGAGCUUUAGAAUUGGAAAUCGAACUCACCAACUAUUGAAUCAUUUGGUUAUUAUUGCAUUGGACAAAAAGGCAUUUAGUCGUUGCUUGGAUAUCCAUGUCCAUUGCUUUGCUCUUGUUACUGAAGGAGUUGAUUUUCAUUCUGAGGCACAUUUUAUGUCACCUGACUACUUGAAGAUGAUGUGGAGAAGGAUUGAUUUUCUGCGAAUUGUUCUUGAGAUGGGGUACAAUUUUGUAUUCACGGAUGCUGAUGUUAUGUGGUUCAGGGAUCCGUUCCCUUUCUUUGAUAUCAAUGCAGAUUUCCAGAUUGCUUGUGAUCAAUACCUGGGCAUCCCUGAUGAUUUAGAUAACAGACCGAAUGGAGGGUUUACCUACGUGAAGUCCAAUAACCGGUCAAUUGAGUUUUACAAAUAUUGGUACUCAGCUCGGGAAAGUUAUCCAGGAUACCAUGAUCAAGAUGUUCUUAAUAGGAUCAAAUACGAUUUUUUCAUCGAUGAAAUUGGACUAAAGAUUAGAUUCUUGGAUACUGCUUACUUUGGUGGGUUCUGUGAACCCAGCAAAGAUAUGAAUCGUGUACUAACCAUGCAUGCAAACUGCUGUAUUGGAAUGGACAGUAAGCUUCAUGAUCUUAGAAUUAUGCUCGAGGAUUGGAAACAUUACAUGUCGACGCCACCAUAUCUUAAGCCAUUAUCAAUUUCGUCUUGGAGGGUUCCACAGAACUGCAGUAUCUGAUCUUUGUCGAUACUACGAUUCUCCAAGUAAAGAAUUGAUGAAUCCUACCAAAGUUGGAGUGAUGCACUUUGAGCAAUCAUUCUUGCUUUGCACACACAUUUCGAGUUUUGUGGACCAAAGAUAUUUCUGCUCUACAGCUUGCAUCAAAGUGAAUGUUAAAGAAAUCCAGUAUUGCGGCUGUGUAAUCUUUAUACUUUAUUUGCCAGUUUGUGUAAAUUUAUACCCAAUAAAAUUUCGAGGUCCAGCAAUUGUACAUCGCCGAAUUAGAAAAGCCUAACCAUCAAUAGGUACCUUUCUUGCUAGAAAAUUUGGUCCAAUGAUCAAAUUCAUCUUUAGGCUUUAGGUAGACCUGUGUUUUUUCAGAUAUAUAAGGAAAUUUUCUCAACUUUUAAUGCAAUUAUAUGUCUCACUUUUUAUGUACAACUCUGCUAUGCUGUAGAGAGGAUCCCCGAUUAUAGAAA